UUGGUAUUGGUACGCUGUUUCGUCAAAAUUAUCUAACAAAGGUAGAAAGAAAGUCUUUGCGUUUGUAAAAGAAAUUGAACAAUUUCUAAAGGUUGUGGAUUGCUUAUUUCGAAGAAUUGAUCCUUCGUUUAGUUAUAAACGUACUUGUUUCGUCUGUCGUUGAAUAGAUGCAAGGAAAGUUCCAAAGUCACCAAUUGGAUUGAAAGAGAAACAACAGCAACUUCCAUCUUUAUUUGAAUAUAAGUUCAAUAUGAGGAAAAAAGUUCUUUUGAUGGGCCGUAGUGGAAGCGGGAAAAGUUCCAUGCGAAGUAUUGUCUUUAGUAACUAUGUUGCCAAAAAUACUCGAAGACUAGGUGCUACCAUCGAUAUUGAGCAUUCACAUGUACGAUUUCUUGGAAAUUUAGUCUUAAAUUUAUGGGAUUGUGGUGGUCAAGAAGCGUUUAUGGAAAAUUAUCUAUCGGCUCAAAGAGAUCAUAUCUUCCGUAAUGUUCAAGUCCUUAUUUAUGUCUUUGACGUCGAAUCUAGAGAAUUUGAGAGAGACUUGGUCACUUUUCGGAAUUGCUUAGAAGCUACUGUAGCCAAUAGCCCCCAAGCACGGGUUUUCUGUCUGAUUCACAAAAUGGACUUGGUUCAGGAAGACCUUAGAGAAUUGGUAUUUGAAGAAAGAAAAGCAAUUCUACUAGAAGCAAGCAAAGAACUCAAUACGACUUGUCUAGCGACUUCUAUCUGGGAUGAAACUUUGUUUAAAGCAUGGUCAGCAAUUGUGUAUACUUUGAUCCCCAAUACUCCCACAUUGGAAUCUCAUCUUCGAGAAUUCUGUAAAGCCGCUGAAGCUGCUGAGGUCGUUUUGUUUGAAAGAACCACAUUUUUGGUCAUUUCUUCUUAUUCUUCUGACGAAAACAUCGCUGUCGAUACACAUAGAUUUGAAAAAAUUAGCAAUAUUGUGAAACAAUUUAAGCUAAGCUGCAGUAAAAUGCAAGCACAAUUCACUACUUUUGAACUUCGUGGUGGAAAUUUCUCUGCAUUUAUUGUACCCUAUACUGAAGAUACAUACAUAUUAGUAGUCAUAGCAGACCCUGAAAUAGAGUCUGCGGCAACUCUAAUGAACAUACAAAGUGCUCGCCGCUAUAUUGAAACGUCCAAAUCGAACAGUGCUCAAAGUUAGUCCUGCUAUUUUCAAUUCUUGUCAUGGAUUCUUUUCGUGUUCAGUUAUUUUGCUUCAUUCAUUGACUUCAUAAGCUUUAGAAAUACAACCCUUCUGCUACCCUAGCUUUUUCUUUUCUUUUUUUUAUAUAUAAAAUUUUUUUGAUGAUGUUUCUUUUUAACGGCUGUUUAUUCAUAGGUAUUUCAAUAAAGUUACUGUAAUACAUAGCAUCACCCCUUAUUAAAUUCAACUCAGG